AUGAAGCUCAUAGCAUUACUAGAGACUAAUGCUCGGAGAUUCUUAGAUAAUGAUCAGCCUCUUAGUGCUAUUUCACUAACUGCCAUUUUGCGCGAGAUGAAGCCAAAGUCACCUCAGUAUUCGCUUCUCCAUGCACGAGCUCUUUUUGCUGCACGGGAAUACGAUCUGGCUUUUCGUGUUGCGACUGAUGUAUUGAAUGACGAUGCGGCUAAUUCAGAAGCUAUUGUAAUUGCCAUGAAAUCAGCGUACGAGUUGGGUGACACGAAGGAAUGCUCAGCUUUUGCAGAGCAAUUGAAACAGACGUCAUCAAUGAAUGUCCUGGCGUUAUGCUACCUAGGCAGAUGUGCAGAGCUCUCUGGUGACACAAAGAAGGCUGCACAGCAUUAUCAGGCUGCCUUGGAGAUAGAUCCUUUUUGCGGGGAACCAAUGAAUGCUUUGAUUGAAAAGCGUCUGUUAAACGUCACUGAUCUUUGUGCCGUUGUGGAAUCGUUAAGACUUCCACCUGAGGCUGAGGUUCUGCGUGCUUCCUACAAAGCUUGUCUUCCAUGUGAAUCAGUUUCACAGGACCAUCAGAAAAAUAUUCCCAGGACCAUAUUAAAGUUACAGGCUGCUACAGCUGAAUACGAGAAGAACGAUUUGCAGAAGGCAUUAAGCUUGGUGACCGAAUUACUAGAAUUAACUCCUUUUAGUCGAGAUGCGGUGUGCCUACAUCUUUUGAUUCUAGUUGACGUGAAGGCUACUUCGAAGCUUUUUGACCAAGCUCACUUCUUGUGCAAUAACAAGGCUCACGCUGAACUAGCAGUGUACGCCAUCGGUUGCUUCCAUUAUUCCCUGUCUAAUUAUGAACGUGCAGGCCGUUUUUUUAGCAGAGCAACGGAAUUGGAUGCUUCUUUUGCCGAGGCAUGGAUUGCCUAUGGUCACUGCUAUGCAAAACUGGAGGAGGGUGAGCAAGCCUUAAGUGUAUACAGAAGAGCAAUGAAUUCUUUCCCAGGUCUUCCGUGCUGCAGCACGUUUGUUGGAAUGCAAUAUGGCCGAAUUCAUCAAUGGCGGUUGGCAUCACAUUUUCUUGAAGAAGCUCGUCUUGUCAUGCCAAAUGAUUCACUCGUACUAAAUGAGAUUGGUGUUCUGCAUGUGAGAACUCACGGAUUUCAAGAGGCCCUCCGGUUUCUUCGAAUGGCUUACCAGUCUCUUGCAAAUCCGGAAAAUCCAUCUGAGCACCGGGAUUGCAUUAUUUUUAAUUUAGCAACGGUUUAUCGAAAGCUGCAGUUUUUUGAAGAGGCCGUAUCAUUCUAUACUUUGUAUGUAAAAUGCCGCCCCAAUGCCAGUCAUGGUCAUUGUGCUCUGGCAUUUACGUAUCAUUUGAUGGGAAAUUUGAAGGCGGCAAUUGCUCACUAUCACACAGCCUUGAGUAUCAAGGCGGACUCAUUCUGCCGCGACAUGCUUGAUCGCGCCUUAGGAAUGGAAUUUGGGGAAAAUGCCCUUGGAUCUGCUUGGAGAACAGAAGGUGUUUUUGGUUCCCCUUCUCCAGAUGAUGUUUCUUUUUCAACAGUUUCAAGAACUCUUCGUUCUGAGUCUAUGGCUGGUGAUAGCAUGGGAAUGUCGCCUCACCCAAGUGUCGGGCGAAGUUUACCUUUUUAA